CUAACAUUAGGCAGGACGCGCUGCCUAAAAACAAAAAAACAAUAAUGCUUAAACACCUUGCAGCUGCUGAAAUCUUCGGUCUCUCCCGUCCUGAAUCAGCUGUGUCCUCCGCUGACAGAUUAAAACACGUGGGGACAAUGAGGACUUAAUCAGAUCUGAGAUCAGCGUCUCGUGCCGCCUGCACGGCAGUUUGAACUGAGUAAAAAAAACAAAAAACAACAACCUGCAGCCAACCGACGCAGCCUCCCAGAGCCUUCUCACCGCGGGAUGUGAGCGCUGCUGCUGCCGACAGGCUCUCUACAAUAACGGAUAACCGCUGUGACUUUGAGAGGACCCGAAAGAGACAGACUGGGUCUUCACAGAGACAUUUUGUUAGAGAAGUUUGGAGAAGUGAACCUGCUGCCUCGGUAGCCUUAAAGGAAGUUGUAAGCUAGCGUGAAUCAAAGUUUGACGUCUCGGUGUACGGUAGGCGUUAGGGACACUUAUCAACCGGUUACAAACACCGUGAGGUAGAUUUACUGCCUACCUGUUUGUAAACUAAGAGUUAAUGGUUUAGAAAUUACUUUUCAAACAGGUGUUGGGACUAUUUUUUAAUGGGUGCCUCCGCAGUCUUGGGUGUGUCGGUGCGCAGCCCUCCUUGGCUUUGUCUCUUUGGUCUGUGCCAUCCAUCUCACCAUGGACAGCCUGCUGAGCGGGGCCAGUAAAGGGGCCGGUGCCCUUCAAUUGAACAGAAGAGCCAUGCAUCCACUGCUGCCCCUCUGUGUCUUUUGGCUGCUGCCCCUGGCCUUGACGCUGGAAGAAGACUCACCACUGGACAAUGUCCCCCGCAGAUCUGUGCCCUACCAUAGGGAAAACGCUCGCCUGUUUCAUGAGGAGGGAGUGUUCAACUACUCCACCAUGCUGUUGAGAGAGGAUCUGGACCUGCUAUUUCUGGGUGCCAGGGAGGCAUUGUAUGCUCUUGAUCUCAAAGACAUCUCCAAGAAAAUUGCCUCAGUUAAAUGGGAGUCGACAAAACAGCAAAAAGACGAUUGUAAAAACAAAGGAAAAGAUGCGGAGACAGAGUGCAGCAACUAUAUCAGGAUCCUGCAUCAGAUGGAUGAUAACAGGAUGUACGUGUGUGGAACCAAUGCCUUUGAUCCUGAGUGUGAUUACAUGUCCUAUGAAAAUGGAAAGCUGACUCUUGAAAAGAAAGCAGAGGAUGGCAAAGGGAAGUGUCCAUUUGAUCCUUUCCAGAGAUAUGCCUCCAUAAUGGCUGAAAACCACCUAUACUCAGCCACUUCAAUUAACUUCCUGGGCUCUGAACCUGUCAUAAUGCGCAGCUCUCCUGUUUCCAUACGCACUGAGUUCAAGAACUCCUGGCUUAAUGAGCCCACCUUUGUUUCCAUGGCUCAGAUGCCAGAGAGUCAUCUGAGUGAGGUAGGAGAUGAUGACAAGGUUUACCUGUUCUUCAGUGAGGCCGCUGUGGAGUGUGACUGCUACAACAAACUGGUGGUCUCCCGCGUGGCUCGCGUCUGCAAGGGGGAUCUUGGAGGUCAGAGGACCUUGCAGAAGAAAUGGACAUCCUUCCUGAAAGCCAGAAUGGACUGUCCAGUGCUGGAGUCUCAGCUGCCGUACAUUAUCCAGGACACUUACCGCUUAUGUGACCCCCAGAAGCACUGGAAGGACUGUUUGUUCUACGCCAUCUUUAUACCACAGUCGGACACCUCAGAUCUGUCAGCAGUGUGUGCGUACCGUGUGUCUGACAUCAGCAAAGUGUUUGCGGAGGGGAAGUUCAAGACCCCAGUCGCCGUAGAAACCUCUUUUAUCAAGUGGGUGAUGUACAGCGGAGAUGUCCCCAAGCCUCGGCCCGGAGCUUGUAUAGACAAUGAGGCUCGUAAAGCGGGCAUAAAUCAGACCCUGGACCUCCCAGACUGGACCCUUCAAUUUAUCAGAGAUAGGCCCCUCAUGGACCAAGCCAUCCAUCCAAUAGGAGAGAAGCCUUUGCUGGUGAGGAGGGGAGCUACAUUCACGCGCAUCAUAGCCAACCAAGUGCAGGCAGCAGAUGGAGGGAAGUACCAUGUGAUGUUCAUUGGCACAGAGGAAGGCACGAUGCUGAAAGCAGUGAACUACGAUGGAGAGAUGUUCAUCAUAGAGGAAGUGCAACUCUUCCAGCCGCCAGAGCCAAUCAAGAUUCUGAAGUUCUCUAAUAUCACGGGUCAGCUGUAUGUGGGCGCAGACUCCGGAGCAUUACAGAUGUCACUGGCCACCUGUGAGAGGUCCUCAUCCUGUAUGGACUGUGUUCUAGCCAGAGACCCGUACUGCGGCUGGGACAAAGAUGUUGGGAAAUGUGUUGUCCUUUCUAAUUCACAAAGAGAGCUAAUCCAAAGUUUGAAAGGAGGAGAUGCCUCUCUCUGUCCAGAUGCUGAUCCUGUGAAGCCCAUGAAUCGGUCCAUCUGGCCUGGAGGAAACCUGAAACUCCGCUGCCCUUCGCCUUCAAACCUUGCACAGACCAGCUGGGAGCGGGACGGCCGACCUCUGACCCCUUCGACUCGACUCCGGUUUCUACGAGACGAACUGCUUAUCCUCAACGCCACAGACUCUGACGCGGGUCAGUACCGCUGCCUGUCUGUGGAGCUCUCCAAAGCUGCCAGGUACACAAGCACUGUGGCUGCGUACCAGGUGAGCAUGAUUGCAGGUCCUGGAGAAGGGACUGCGACCUUACCCGAGGCUCGGACAGAUGGCCCCUCUGUGGCUGGACUGCAGGCCGUAAUCGGGCUCCUCGUGGUUUGUCUUGUUGCCCUUCUGGCUUGGAACUUUUACAAAGGCCACUUACCGCUGCCCUGGAACUGCAGCAAGAAAAAUAGAGCUCAAUCCCAGGAGACCCCUGACCAGGAUGCACCGAGGCCCGCAGCGGCAGAGGUUAAGCCUCUGGUGUCGGGAACAAACAACGGCAGGAACAACAACCACCCCAGAGAGGAGGCGGCCUUCAGUUUGGCUGAGGAGGAGGACGGCCCAAAAGUUAAUCUCCCAUCUCUGCAGUAUAUUGAUGAUGAGUCAGAAAUUUGAAAAUGACGAGCACAAACUUGUGUUCAGUUUUCCUUCGCCAAAAUUUGAGAAAUGAACACGAAUGCCUCAAAAGCUUUUGUUUUCGGCAGAUCUACGGAUUCAUGGGUUCAGUUUAAAUCUCAUUCUGUGGGAAUGUAAACCAUUCUGUGCUUGAAAUUUUGUUUGGAGAGACACACCAAAAGAUUUUACAAGUUUUUUUGUACAAGUAUGAGAGACACUUGAAUUUCUGUUUCACUUUUUAAAUUUUUUAUGUACAUUUAAGUGUUUUAGCUUCCUGCUAAUAGUUCUAAAUCCCAUAGAGUGCCCCAGGAAUGAGUCCUAAAACCCACAAAUGAGUUUGCAUUUCAGCACUCCUGGUUCCCUGGUCUUUAAGGGACACAAACUGUUGUUUGCACAAACUGGGCCCUUCGUAAAUCCGGAGCACUGUUGGAACGUAUUGUUCAGUUUCCCAGAGCACCACACUGUAGUGCACUAGAGCGCACUCUGGGCACUUUGUCUGAGGAUAAGCAAAGCACCAGAUGGAGUGAAUGUGUGAUUAAGCAUUCGCUAAUAAUUCAUGGGGAAAAAAACACUCAGUUUCUUCAGACAACAGCUCUCUUAUUUCAGCGUUGUGAGUCAGAUUGAAUUUAUUAAUUAAUUUUGGAUGGGUUUCUGGUUGGAUGCCUGAAAUAAGUUCUGUGGUUAACACAAGCUUAAAAGACAUAAAAUGCGUUAGCAAAUACCUAAUUUGGGAAUUCUGAAGCUUUUUUGUGACUUAAAAAGGCGGUUGCUAACAAAUGGCUAAGUGAGAUUACAGAAUGCCAUCAAGCCGAACGCGGCUUUACAGCCUCGUUGCAGUGGGGAGGUUACAAGACCGUACUGUGGUUUGCUUGUAGCCUAUGUUAGCUUUUUACUUCUGGUAACUGCAUUUAUGCUUGAAAAAUCAGUGUUCAGUUGUGAUGAUUAUCUUGCUGAACAGAAAAUGUGUAGGCAUUGUAAACAUUUGUUCCCCUUAGAGCUUAUUUUCCCCAGUAAUCAUCCUUAAAAACAUCAUCCCUGGGGCGCUCUAUUAUACAUUGAUAUUUCUUUAAAGAUUGGUAUGAAUUUCACAGGGAAUGUACAAUAACAGAAAAUGAGCCAUUUCAUUUCUAACCAAUAAGCUGCAAAUACUUUGUUUUAUUGUAUUAAACCUUUUCUACGGUC